GCGGGUCCCCGGAGGAAGCCCCUGCGCCGCGGUGCUCCACGGGACAGCUGCGGCGGUCGGCCUCAGGGUGAAGGGGCGGGGCUGACGUCAGGAGCCAAGAUGGCGGCAGUGGUCGGGGUCUCCUUGAGGCGCCGGCUCGCGCCCACAGCCCUUGGCAGAGCCUGUCUGCAGGCCUGUCGAAGGGCCCAAACAGCCGCAGCCACUGCUCCCCGAAUCAAAAAAUUCGCCAUUUACAGAUGGGACCCUGACAAGGCUGGCGAUAAGCCACGGAUGCAGACUUAUGAAGUUGACCUGAACAAAUGUGGGCCCAUGGUGUUGGAUGCACUAAUCAAGAUUAAGAAUGAGAUGGAUUCUACCUUGACCUUCCGCAGAUCGUGCAGAGAAGGUAUCUGUGGCUCUUGCGCCAUGAACAUCAACGGCGGCAACACCCUGGCGUGCACUCGCAAGAUUGACACCAACCUCGACAAAGUCUCCAAAAUCUACCCCCUUCCGCACAUGUAUGUGAUAAAGGACCUUGUUCCCGAUUUGAGCAACUUCUACGCACAGUACAAGUCCAUCGAGCCCUACCUGAAGAAGAAGGAUGAGUCCCAGGAGGGGAAACAGCAGUACCUGCAGUCCAUAGAGGACCGCGAGAAACUGGACGGACUGUACGAGUGCAUCCUGUGUGCCUGCUGCAGCACCAGCUGUCCCAGCUACUGGUGGAACGGAGACAAGUACUUGGGGCCUGCCGUGCUCAUGCAGGCCUAUCGCUGGAUGAUUGACUCCCGAGACGAGUUCACAGAGGAGCGCCUGGCCAAGCUGCAGGACCCCUUCUCGCUUUACCGCUGCCACACCAUCAUGAACUGCACACGGACCUGCCCCAAGGGCUUGAAUCCAGGGAAGGCCAUUGCUGAAAUCAAGAAGAUGAUGGCCACCUACAAGGAGAAGAAAGCUGCCAUUUAAAACCAUUCCCAUGGAAGGCCCAAGGUGCCGGGCGGUCACCUCGCACGCAGCGUGAUUCAGAUCUAAUUUGACUUCCUUCAGGGCUCUUGAUUUUCCUCAAACAUGGCAUGUGUAAUUAAAAUGUCACAAAAUAAAUAAAUCUUCUACUUUACUAACAAAAAAA